AUGGAAGAAUCACACCAUCACCACCAAGACUGUAACACUCAAAACUCCGCCGGAGCAAAAUCACCGCCCACCACUGGAACCUGCUGCAAGUGCGGCGGUCCCACAACUUUCGCACCACCGCCGGUAUCACCUGCCUUCUCAGAAAUAUCUCCACCGCCAACUUACCGUCCCAUCCGCGCUCCGGCCAUCCCACCGGACCCACACUCACAGCGUGCGAUCAUCCUUUCUCCGGUUCCACAAGCCCAACACGUCCCCGUAGCUUCGCCACCUUACCAAUUUCAAAUCCCGAUCAAACGUAUCCAAUCCCCCGACUGA